AUGGAAACCACUCACACAUGCCGGCUCCGACCUACCACUCCAACACCGCCUUCGCCACGCCUACAGCGCAGCCGCAGCGGAGCUCCGGCCAUUUCUCCACUUGAACAAAGCCGCACAUGUAAUAAUAGUAGCCUAAACUCCCUGAACAGAUCAAAAUCAACCACAAGAUCAAGAACCUCAACGUCCCAGCAGCAGAAAAACGAAGAGUAUGUCCACCCUUCAACUAUUCUAGCAAGCAUGCAACAAAAGAAGACUAAAGAGAGUAACGACAUGAACAAAGAUGGUUUCGUUAGGUUUCUGCAACGAGGCAUUCCACGUAAUAAUAACAGUGCUAUUUGUUCUAGUGCAGCUAAGAUUAAGAGUACUAAAUCAGUCAAGAGUUCUCCGUCGGCGUGGGCGUUGUCGCCGGGACGGUCUUCGCCGUACUUGGUAGCACCGGAGUCGCCGAGACCGGCGCUGGCACCGGUGCCUGCCGAGACACGGAGGGCCAAGUCCAGUGCCGUUGGUGGUGUAAGUGGGGUUUUGAAGUAUUUUAGACAGAAGAAGGUGUCACCAGUUCAAGAAGGAGAGUAUAAUAGAUUUCGAGUUCUGCAUAAUACGUUGGUACUUUACAGGUUUGCCAAUGCUAGAGCUGAGGUUUCCAUGGCUUCUCUAAAGAAUGUUUCAGAGGGUAGACUUUUUUCCGGGUGGGUUAGAGUGUUAAAAAUGAGAAAUUCCAUCUUACAAAAGAGAAUUCAAGUACAAAAACUUAAAUACGAGAUAAAAUUAUGUCAAAUUCUGAAUCCACAAAUUCGACUUCUAAAUGAAUGGUCACAGUUGGAUGGAAAAAAUUGUGAAGCAGUGAGCCGGGUUACAAGAAAACUAUCAGCAUUGUCUGUCAAGGUCCCUUUUGAAGAUGCGAAGGCAGACGUGGAGUCUGUAUACGACGCAAUGAACAAGGCCUUGGCAGUCAUGGAUGGCAUAGAAGAAACUUGUUGAACAUUUUUUGGUCAGGCUGAGAAAAUGCUGUAUAUGCUGACGGAGCUUAUAACCACAGCGGAAGGAGAAGAAGAGUAUUUGAAAGAAUUAGAUACCAUUUUCCCCUUGGUUCCAUCUUUAAUGGAAACAGAGAAAUAUUUAAGAGUACAUCUUGUCCAAUCGACGACGGAGUCAAGGAAAAGCUACUGUUCACAUGAUAUGAGAAUUGUUGAUUCAAAAUCAGAAGGAAGAUAG